UUUAGCAAGUCAUCAAAGCCCUUAGAUGUUGUUGCCAUUGAUCAUUUUCCCUCCUUAUUGCCGAGAGAAAGUAGCACAAGAUUUGCAGAUGACUCUACUCCACAUUUGCUCAAAUUAACUGAGGUGUGCUUUGACUAUCUUAAAAUGCACCAAAAGUAGUUUUUCUCCUUAUUCCCGGGCUGUGAUGAUGAGUGGAAAGUAAAACAUUCAAAUAAGCUAAGAGAACUUUUAUGUUUUGGGGCUUUUCUGUUCUCUUGAAUGAGCCUAUAGGCUGGAUGACGUUCAAAUUGCUGCAAGGGACUUAGGUAAAAGGUGACUGAUCAAUUGGUCUGCUUGAAAUGUACCUGAACGCCGGCAGUUACGGCGCGGACAGGAUAUAGACAUCAAAGAAUAAGUCCACACCAGGAUGUCAUAACUCGGAAAGGUUAUCGCUGGCAUUGAAAGAGCCUUUAAAACCGCUGAGCCUGAGAAACUUUUCGGGUACGUGUAUUGUGUGGGGUCACUCUGCGUAGCGGGCGGGAUUUAGCUAAGCGUGCCGAAGUCCUUUUUGUUUCAGCAGUACAGCAGUGAGAAGAACAUAACCUGCAUAACCUGAGCCAAGCGGGGCGAACGCGAUAUUUCGCGCGGAGCGCGACACGAGCCGCGCGAAAUAUCGCGUUCGCCCCGCUUGGCUCAUUAAGCGCCUGUCAUGCAGGCUAAAAGAACAGGUCUUUAGUCCCGGGAGCCGCCCAAGGGGCCUUGGCGCUAGUUACGCGCGUAAGAAGAGCACGCGCCGAAGAGCACUCCACCCACUAGCCUGUGUACAGACCCCACCUCCCCUCAGGAAGGGGAGGGGGGUCUGUACACAGGCUAUCCCCCGUCAUGAAACUCCCCCGCCAUUCUCCCAGGGGCGCAUUACAGCCGAAAUAUAUACAGAGGUAUAAGGCCUCUGGCGGUCCAGUUAAAGCCUAUGAGUUCUUCGAACUCCUAGUUUAAGGAGGAUCAUUGCGUCGGAGAGUUGUAAAGUCCGUGAUAUGAGCCAGUCAUUUUGUAUUAGUUCUUAGGAAUGAUUUUGUUGCUUUGCUUUACACAGGUUGAUUCUUAUCCCGUGUGGGUGAAUGCCAAGAAAAUGUUUGACCUAAAAGCGGCAGAAGCCGAGGCUCUUCUUAAAAAAUAA